CAAACGAAGAAUAUGGCGUGACAAGCUGAGAGGUGAUUGUUUUCCUCAAAACCCUCCAAAAAAGUCAAAAGUCCAAAUCCUUCAACAAGAUGUAUAUAGGAAAAUAGAUGGAAAGUUAGUACUUAUGCGUAGUCUAGACAACAUGAAUAACAAUGAAGACGGAGAACCAGAUGAGCUUAAAAGUACAUCAGAUAAUCAAGAUAUUGUCAGAACUCCUGACCAUAGACCCAAAGACGUUUUAGAAAAUUUGACACCUACAUUUAGAAUUCCAAAAGACUAUUUAGAAGCCACGGCUGAAUUUUUUAAAGAAAUAUCUCCAAAAUUAAAUGAAAGCCAAGACAAGGAUGACAUUAACAUUGAUGUGAUUCAAGGGUGUAUUACAUCGGACACAAACAAUUUUAACUUUGAACACUGCAUUGAUAAUCAAGAACAAGAGAUUAUCAGCAACAAAAAUAAAGAAACAAUUUCUUUAAAUACUUGCGACGAUAGCAAUAUAGCACUUAAUGUGUUCACAGCUGAGGUAUGCGUUGAAAGUAAAAAAAGUAGUGAAAAUAAGAAUGCAACAUUGGAUUGGCAGCUUUCAAAUAAAGAAGAAAAUUUCGAAAAGGAUUUCAAGGACAACAACCAUAACAAAUUACCAGCUAACAAAACGAAGGGGGCUAUAUUAAAUGAUGCUAAUGCCGAUAAAAUAGAAUCCUUCAUUAAUUCAGAAUCUGCUCAAACUGUAACUAAAAUUAAUAAAGGAAAAAAUUACCGAAAAUCAACCACACCAGCACCAACUGGAAAAAUAAUGAAAAAAGAAAGUAUUAGUAGAAGGUCAAGAAGGAAACUCAAUUUUAAUAAAUCUUAUAUUGAUUUUGUAGCUGAGGAUGAUCCUGAUAUCAUGUUGCUGAACGAAGCUUUUCCAUCGGAAGAAUCGAAUGUAGAGCUCAGUGAAGAAACAGCUUCUUCAAGUGAUUCUGAAUGUAACUAUUCCAAAAAAGAUAAGAAUAAAACGAAAAAGAAAUUAAAAAAAAGUAAGAAACUGGCAAUGAAAGAGCAUCAAGAAAUCCUAGAUGUAGAAAAAGAACACCAACUUCAAGUAGAAAAAAGUAAAUGUAAAGCACACGUCAAAAAAGAAAAUCGUUACAGAAAAAAUAAAGGCGAAGAAUAUUUCAAUACAAAAGGCGAGAUAAUUGAAAAGAAACAUGUAAAACCCAAUCCAUGUGCUAAAACUAACUGCAUAAAUAAUUGUAAAGAGAUUUCCAAAGAGCGUCGCAAUAGUCUCUUUACGCAUUUUUGGGGUUUGAAUAGCUACCAAAGAAGAAAAGACUGGAUAGCCCAGUGUGCUAUAAGAAAGGCGAUUAAAAGACCUACAAAGAAUACUUCGUCCAGUAAAUCUCAGAGAUAUUAAUAUUUUAUAAAUGAUGGCGAAGGUAGACGCAGAGUAUGUCAACAAUUUCUAAUUUCUACAUUAGACAUAACACAAAGAUUUAUUCUUUAUACGCUUGUUACAAUGACUGAUGGUUUUGCAAAAGAAGAUUGUCGUGGAAAAAUCGGCGGGGGUCGAAAUAAAACAUCUGAAGUCAUAAUUGAAGAAGCCAAAGACUUCAUUCUUAGUUUACCUCUUUUGCCAUCUCAUUAUUGUCGGAGAGACUCAACGAAAUUAUAUCUACCAGGAGAAUUUAAAAACAUUACGAAUUUGCAUCGCGUGUAUCAAGCCCAUUUCCCCAACAAGAAAACAAUGUCGUUUAAAGUAUUUUCUGCUUGGUUUCAUAAAUAUUUUAACAUUGGGUUUCAUAUCCCUAAAAAAGAUAAAUGUGUCUUGUGCAUUUCUGCUAAAAGCUACGAUUGUAAAACUGAAGAAGAAAUGAAUAUAAUUAUGAAACACCAAGAGGAAAAAGAAGAAUCAUAUAAAAGAUUCGUAUUUCACCAGAAACUGAAUAAAAUAGACAACGGAACGGUAUGUGCCAGCUUCGAUCUUCAGAAAGUUUUGAACACCCCUCACGGUGAAAGCAUGCUACUCUAUUACACACGAAAAUUUUCAGUUUAUAACCUCACAAUUUACGAAAGCAAUACACAACUUGGAAUUUGUAAUACCUGGACAGAAGCUGACGCUAAAAGGGGGGCUAAUGAAAUAGCAACAUGUUUGCUAGCGUACCUAAAAGAUGUCGACAAACGCGGAUAUGUGAAGCAAGUGAUACUGUACUGCGACUCCUGUUUUGGACAAAAUAAAAAUAAAAGUAUUCUAGCUAUGUUGCGAUAUGCAUUAACGAUUUGUGAGAAUAUCAACAAUAUUCAAAUAAAUUAUUUGAUUCCAGGACAUACAUAUAUGCCUGUUGAUAGCAUGCAUGCUACCAUAGAAAAUUCACUAAAGAAAACAAUAGUCUGGGCACCGUCACAAUGGCCAACCAUUAUGGAGUUAGCUAGAAAAAAUCCAGAGCCAUACGUUGUGAAUGUAAUGACUGGUAAAGACUUUUUGGGAUUUGAAAAUAUUGUAGAACGUACUUACAAAAAGAAUCAAACCAUCAAUAUUUCGAAAAUAUGUACCGUUACUUUUCAUAAAAAACAUGCUAACAAAAUGUUUGUUAAAACAUCAAUGUUACCAGGUACAGAAGCUACAGAGAUUCAAUUAGGUCCUUUGAAUAAUGUCAUUCCAAAACAAAAUUUGUAUACUUCAAAAUUGCCAAUUUCGCAAAAAAAAUAUACAGAUUUAAAGAAAAUGAUUGAUAAAAAUUUGAUUCCGGAAAGAUUCGCAAAAGAAUACUUGAGCUUAAAAACCAGUACAAAAGUUAUUGACUGUUUACCUGACACUGAUGAGGAAGAUGAUUAAAUAUGUUUUGAGGAUAGUUAAGUUUGUCAUUUAGUUUUAAGCUCAUUAUUUCAUAUACAUAAUUACUUUUGUUAUAGAUGUACCAAUAUUUUUUUAUUUAAAUGCUUACUGUACUGGUACAAAUAUUAUAGAUUUUAUGAGAGUAUUUUUAAUAGUGUUGGUAAAAAUAAUAUG